CAGCGUCAUCCGACGACGCGUACGCACCUUAAGCAUAGGGUGUUUCAGUGCCACGAUCUGGUAUGGAGAGCGUGGCGGGCGCGAGGGUGCCAACGCCACUCGCCGAAGUCACCCUUGUGCGGUGCACGCCGGCGCAGGCGCGCGCCGCGGUCCUGAACGACCCGCCCGCCGAGGCUGCAGACCUCGCGGCGCUUCUGUCGCGCGUGGCAUUUGAGCCAGGACGACAUGACGAGCUGGGCGCUUGUGCCCGCCGCCGACCCAUGCACGACAGACCUGCUCUCGCACUGCGUCACUUAUCGCCGGCGCGCCGUCGCGCGCACGCGGCACGGCGACGAGGAAGUUGUCGCGUACGGCGUCUCGGCGGUAUACACGCCACCUGCGCUCCGGGGGCGGGGGUAUGCGCGGCGCUCCCUCCAGCUCCUCCAUUAUGCGUUGGCGCCGCGCGAGGCGCUCCCACCCUUUCCGGAUUGGGGCAUGCCGCCUCAUGGCCCGCGCGAUGCGCGCCUCUCGUUCCUCCAUUCCGGCAUCGAUGGGGCAUUCUAUACGGCAUGCACCCAAGGACUGGAGCGUGCGGGGUGGGUGCUCAAGCCGCCACAUACGCGGUUGUUGACGGUCCGAGGGCCAGCUGAGGCCGAGUAUGAGAUGCUUGGUGCCAAGGAUGUCGCGGAGUUGCAAGACGCAUACGAGAUGAUUCUGCGCCAGAGGCUCAGACCGGGCCAGGUCGCCGUGAUCCCCGACCUGUCGGCGCUGACGCGCCUGGCUCCGCCGUCUGUCUGUGGCGAACAUUUUGGUGCGCGCGUCGCCACGGGGUGGUUCACGUAUCUCAAGCUUCGGCCCAGCGAGGACAUGCCGUGGCGGCUCACGCUGAGUGUCGUGCAUGGCACGGUGCCGUUUGCUGUCGUCGCCUCUGUUGCCAUACGCGAGCGCGCUAGUGUGAUUGAGUAUGGCGGCGAAGGCUUCACCGACUGGGACGAGGACGGGGUGGAGAUCGACUACGAGUGGCCGAAGCCGUGUGUGUGCGUCUAUGGCGAGUCCUUGGAGUGGAUCGCGCCUGAGACGCUUGUGAUCGAGGCGGUCGGCGUGCCGGGCCACUGGGCAUGGUACUAGCCGUCGCGGUGAUGCAGUGAAAGAAAGGCUGUGUCAACGGCCCGUGUCUCGUUUUUUCG